UCUUUUUGUUUCCUCCAAACAAUCAAUGAUAAUGAACAACAUUGCUCUCCCCCAUCUUCAAACUCCCAUUCCAAAUCACCAAAUUACUACCAAAUGCUUCAAACCCAAAACCCCCAUUUUAACCACCACCACAACAACAACAACAACAAUCCCAGCGAGAGACAGAAUCAUAGACUUCGGAAAACACAAGGGAAAGAUGCUCGGAUCCCUCCCUUCAAGCUAUCUGAAAUGGGUCUCCACAAAUCUCAGAGCUCAAGACUUGGAGGACUGGGCAAAGCUCGCCGACCAAGUUCUUCAAGACCCAGUUUACCAAGACCGACUUGAAUGGGAAUUCGCCCAGAACGCCUUGGACAGAAACAGAAGCAAUUCUUCUUCAUCAUUUUCUUCUGGGGUUUCUGAUUUGGUGGAGAUAAGCGAGAGAUUUGGUUGGGACAAUGAGGAUAAGAUUGGUUGGAGCGGAGUUAAUUUUGUGCUGUUGGGGACUUCCAAGAGUGGGAGGAUUCCGAGGCUUGGAGGGAAAGAUGGAGGAAAAAGAGAGAGGAAAGAGGGAGGGAAAGUUGAAGGAGAAAGUGGAGGGAGGAGGAGGAGCGCGAGGAGGGAGAGAGUGAGGUUGAGGAUGAAGAGAGAGAAGAAGUUGGGGAUUGUUGAGAAGGGUAGGGGUAGUUUGGGAAAUGAUAGUAUUAGCAGUGGGAAUGCGGUUGGGUUUUUCGAAAAGAAGAAUGAAAUGGUGGGAGAGAUUUACAAUCCAUUCCUGGGACGUGAAGCUCUUUUGAAGAAUGUAAUGCUGCAGAAAAGAUUUGUGUAGCUUUUUUUUUUUUUUAGAGUUUUUUUG